AUAGAUCUAUUUUAUUGAUAUAAUUAAAAUAGUUAAUGUGUGUAUGCGUUUGUAUGUUUGUGCUCAGGAAUACCAGGUGAAUACCCAGCAACUUGGCAGACAGUACACGAAGGAGCUGUUAGACACAGGUGCGCUGCAAUUUAGGCCUCCUUCCGCUUAGUGGCACUAUAGAAAGUAGUGCUAAACUCGUCAGUGUAGUUUAAUUUCAGGCUUUAGUCUUGGAGUAGUUAGGUAAUGUUUUGCAAACAAACGGAAGUAGUAAUAGAAAGGAAGGCUGAAGUUGCUGCUGUGUUCUGUUGCUUAGGGUGAAGAACUGGUUCAUCUUCCUGGGAAAUGCUGUCCAGAAUGUACUUCCCUUACUAACUAUUGUCUGUACUCAAGUCAAAACAAAACAAACCUGAUUGCUCAGUAUGAUUAAAUCUUGAAGAGAAAGUAACAAAAAAGAGGUUUAUAACCCAGAAGAAGAGAAGAGAAGAAGUCUCCUGGAGCAGUAGAGCAUGUGACUGGGGAUUCAAGGCUCCUGGAGAUGCCAAGUGUGACAGCGCCUGUUACAGAUGACACAACGGUACCUGUGGAUCAGAAUUUGGCCAGCAGCUCCCAAGAAACUGAAAACAGCCAGGAAGAUGGAGCGCAAAGUGUCUCUGAAAAAUGCCCAGAGUCAUCUGAGAAGGAGGGUCUGUGUCUAACAGCUAGUGACACUCAUAAAGAUGAUGCACUGCGGAGAGGACAGUCUCUUAUACACAUUGACAGGAAGCAGAUCCAAGCAGUGGAAUGUGAAGAUCAGGCUGCUGAGCUUCAGGGACUUGGUGUGGAUGUCUAUGACCAGGACGUGCUGGAAAAGGGAGUCCUUCAGCAGGUAGAUCAUGCCAUCACUGAAGCCAGUAAAGCUGCAAAACGAGCUGAAGCAGAGAAGGAAUUUCAGUAUGUCUUGGAUGAAUUAAGGUCAUGUAGACAGUCCUUAAAACAAGUCAGCAAAGUUGUCGAACAACUCACUCCUUACAGUAACAGCAGCAAGGAUGUCAAGCAGAAACUGGAGUCUGCAAAGAGACAGCAGGAAAAUAAGGAGAAGCAGCUGAAGAAGAUUACUGCUAAACAGAAACGUCUUCAGGCAUUUCUUAGUGGAAAAGAUGCUGAGAAAAUUGAGGCUGAGCUGCAGGAUGAUAGCGAUGCAGAACCAGGACCCUCCUGCCUUAACAGUAUACUUAUGCCAACUGAAGACUUUGAAUGGGAAGAGCUCAUCCGUACUGGUCACAUGACCCCAUUUGGAACAAAAAUUCCCCAGAAACAAGAAAAGAAGGAACCACGAAAAUUAAUUCUCAAUGACACUUCUGGUUUUGAAAAAUAUCUUGCCGAUCAGGCCAAAUUGGCAGAGGCUAGAAAUAAGAUAUUAUAUAAAAAGAAAAACAAAAAAACACCUAAAGCUGAGGGCAAACAUGUGCAAUGUGAUGAGACAGAAAAAAGUAGCCAUAAUGAAAAUGUGUUAUCUAAUGAAACAGAAAAACGUAAACAAAAUGGAAGUAUGUCAAGAACAGAUAAACGAUUGAAAAAACACAUGCGGAAGUUGCAACGUAGAACACUUGAAAUUAAAUUUAAGGCUGAACAUCCACAAGAGAAAAAAUGUGGUGAGCCAAAGAGGAAAUGGAAAGGAGACUAUGGCUCAGAAAGUGAAGGCUCUGAAUACGUACCUGAUGAGGAACUGUUUAACCCUGAAGAUGAAGAUGCUAAUUAUGAGGAUAUUGACUAUAUUAGUGGAGGUUCUGAGUAUGAACUAAAGCCCUUAAAAACUGUAGAGAAAAGGAAGAAGCGAUCCCAUAAGAAAAUUGAAGUAAUAGAUGAGGAUGACUUCUAUACAAGCUCAGAUGAUGAUAGUAAAACUACACAAAAGAAAAUGAAAUUUAAAGAUGACGGUGAUGAAGAUCUUUAUAAGACAAGAGUGAGGAGGUGGAAGAAACAGAGAGAGAGGGAGAGAAGGGAACGGCGUGAAACAGGAGCUGAUUCUGAAGAAAGUGAUGCAGAAUUUGAAGAUGGGUUCAGAGUUCCUGGCUUCCUGUGGAAAAAACUCUACAAGUACCAGCAGACAGGUGUUAGCUGGCUGUGGGAGUUACACUGCCAGCAGGCAGGAGGAAUUCUGGGAGAUGAGAUGGGAUUGGGUAAGACCAUUCAGUUAAUUGCCUUCUUGGCAAGCCUCAGCUACAGCAAAAUCAGGACGCGUGGUUCAAAUUACAGGUAUGAGGGAUUAGGCCCUACACUAAUCGUUUGUCCCACAACAAUUAUGCACCAGUGGGUGAGAGAAUUUCAUACAUGGUGGCCUCCUUUUAGAGUUGCCAUUCUUCAUGACACUGGCUCUUACGCAUUCCGUAAGGAGAGGCUAAUUCAUGAUAUCAUCAUUUCUCAUGGAGUACUGGUCACAUCCUAUUCCUACAUUCGUCUGAUGCAAGAUUCUCUCAGGCAUGAAGGCUGGCAUUAUGUUGUAUUAGAUGAAGGACAUAAAAUACGAAAUCCUACUGCAGCUGUUACCAUGGCAUGCAAGCAGUUCCAUACACCACAUCGGAUCAUCCUUUCUGGUUCACCGAUACAAAACAACUUGAAGGAACUGUGGUCCCUUUUUGACUUCAUAUUUCCUGGAAAAUUAGGAACACUGCCAGUCUUCAUGGAGCAGUUUUCAGUGCCUAUAACCAUGGGAGGGUACGCCAAUGCUUCUCCUGUUCAGGUGCAGACUGCAUAUAAAUGUGCUUGUGUUUUACGUGACACUAUAAAUCCUUAUCUUCUGAGGAGAAUGAAAGCAGAUGUUAAAAUGAGUCUGUCUCUGCCUGAAAAAAAUGAACAGGUCUUAUUCUGCCGUUUAACAGAUGAGCAGCGGGAACUCUACCAGAGUUAUGUAGACUCCAAAGAGGUCUAUCGAAUACUGAAUGGAGAAAUGCAGGUGUUUGCUGGUCUCAUUGCUCUUCGUAAAUUGUGCAAUCACCCCGAUCUGUUCUCUGGGGGUCCUAAGAUCUUGAAAGGUGUGCCAGAUGAGGAUCUGACUGAAGAAGAGCAUUUUGGGUAUUGGAAACGUUCUGGAAAGAUGAUUGUGAUAGAAUCCCUUCUUCGGUUAUGGCAUAAGCAAGCUCAUCGAGUGUUACUGUUCACGCAGUCAAGACAGAUGUUGGAAAUACUUGAAAUAUUUGUAAGAGACAGAUGCUACUCCUAUCUCAAAAUGGAUGGAUCUACGACAAUUGGAUCACGACAGCCCCUGGUUAAUAAAUAUAAUGAAGACACUUCUAUUUUUAUUUUUUUAUUAACUACUAAGGUUGGUGGAUUAGGGGUAAACCUGACAGGAGCAAACAGAGUCAUUAUAUAUGAUCCAGACUGGAACCCUAGCACUGACACGCAGGCUCGUGAACGUGCCUGGAGAAUAGGUCAGAAACGGCAAGUAACAGUUUACAGAUUGUUAACAGCAGGAACUAUUGAGGAAAAAAUAUAUCACAGGCAAAUCUUUAAGCAGUUUCUAACUAAUCGUGUACUAAAGGACCCUAAACAAAGGCGCUUCUUCAAGUCAAAUGAUCUUUAUGAACUUUUUACUCUUAGCAGCCCUGAUGGAACUCAUGACACUGAAACAGGUGCCAUUUUUGCAGGAACUGGUUCAGAGGUAAAAGUGCCCAUCCGUUUCAAGAAGAAAACUCAGGAAAAGUCCUGCACUCCCAAAAAGAUGGACAUAUUUGGUGACCCCACCUCUCCUAAGCUUCAAAAAUUAAUACAGACCUCUCUAAAUGAACAAGAAAAAGUAACUGUGAAAUCACCAGACAAGGGAAGCCAUGAGAGCACCAGUAUAUUUUGUGACUUACGUAAAGUUGAUAGCCAUUUGAAAUCUAAAACCCCAGAUUCAAAACGUCCUUCAGCAGUAUUUUUUGAGAAAAGUCAGUGUUCAAUUAACACACUUUCCAUACCAGUUUUAUCUGCUAAUAAAAGUGAACGUCUAAAUGCAUUUAAAUGUAUAGACUCUGAACAUAAACCUGAAGAGGCUAACAGCAGUAAGGUAGGAAAACCAGAACCAAAAUGUAGUAUUUUGCAAGACUCUUCACCCUUUUUGGGGAGCAUGUCUUCUACCUGUCCAAGAGCACUGACAGAAGUUAGUAGUCAGAAACACAAACAUAAAGUUAAACAUCAGGCUAUGCAAGAGUGCAACUUAUCUUCAGAGGGUUUUGGUAAAAAGAAGCAUAAAAGUAAGAAACAUAAGGACAGCAGAUUUGAAGGGAAGCGUAUUCCGCACUUAGUGAAACAUCAGCUGCAUGUCAAGGGAGAGACUGCUGUUGAAGAAGAUCAGAAAGAAGAUGAGAAACAGGGUGACGACUACAUUUUGCAAAAACUUUUUAAAAAGUCAGGAAUACACAGUGUGAUGAAACAUGAUGCAAUCAUGGAGUCUUCUAAUCCUGACUACGUUUUAGUAGAAGCCGAAGCAAACAGAGUAGCCCAAGAGGCUUUGAAAGCUUUGAAGAUCUCUCGCCAACAGUGCGAAGGAACAAGUGGUUCGACACCCUCGUGGUCAGGUAGUCGACGGGGCUCAACAGUACCAUCUGGUGUGAAGCAUCGCUUUGGUCAGAAGAAAAACACACUUCUCACCACUUCAGAUUCCUGGUCGAAGUCCUCCCCACUCAAGUGCAAGGAUGCUGAGGUAUUAAAGAAGGGAGAUGUAAAGCACAGUGCGCACUUCAGUGGGGAAUCAGUGGAGGAAUGCCCUUCGAGUUCCCUGAGCUCUGCAUCAUUACUGGCUAAAAUGAGGUCACGCAACCACCUAAGUUUUGCAAAGAAAACUCAAGAACAGUUGGAUGAAGAGGACCUCAAUACUUCACAGUCAUCUAGUGAGCCAGUAGUGCCAACAGAACACGAUGAGUUGUUGGUAGAUUUGCGAAAUUUCAUAGCAUUUCAGGCCCGUAUUGAUGGGCAGGCCAGUACUCAGGAAGUACUACAAGAAUUUGAACCAAAGCUAUCACCUGCUCAGUCUGCUGUCUUUAGAGAACUACUCAGGAACUUGUGCACCUUCCACAGAAACCAGGAUGGGAAAGGUGUUUGGAAAUUAAAACCAGAAUUUCGGUGAACAUUUUUUUGGGACCAUUACUUUUUUCCAGUAAAUGAUGCUGCUAUUGUUAUUAUAACAAUUUGUAAUAUAAAUUAUUAAACUAAAUGGUUCAAAAGGCUUCUGCCUGGUACAUCUGUUCAGUACCAGAAGUGGUGCUUUGUGUUAAGACACAGGGCACCUACUGCCAUUUAAGACCGUCUUCCAUAUUGGGUGGAAAACUUUAUACUGCUGUGUUUAAGAGUACAUGUUUUAGCCUACAGAGAGGGGAACAACAGUAAACCAUUGAUUACAGUUUUUCUUAUAGAAGAGUUCAAAAAUAAAACUGUAAACUGCUUUUAAUAUGAAAAAAGUAGUUGAUUGGUAGCAAUCAUUAUAGGGUAAACACAUGGCAUCAGUUUUGUAUUAUAAUACGGCUUUAGUGCAGAAAAAACAGUAAAAUGUGAUAAACUGCCUUACACUUUUUGGGGGGUAUAUCACGCUGUUAGUUCAUUGAUGGCAUUGUAACUACAGGCCUUCACAGAUGGCUCAUGUAAGCAAAUAUGUUUUUCAGGUAAAUAGAUGCAGUCCAAAUCAUUUAAUUCAAAAUA